AUGGGUUUCGCCGAAGCAAAAUUUUGGGAAGGGUAUAACUAUGAACAUGGUAAUGGUGUUGUUCAAGACAAAUGUAGAGCAUUUCAAUGUUAUCAAGAAGCUGCUGACAUGAGAUUUGUCAGAGCGAUUUUUUUUCUUGGCCACUAUUAUUAUGACGAGUAUAAUGAUGAUGAGGAUAAUGUCGAUGAGGAUAAUGGCGAUGAGGAUAAUGGCGAUGAGGAUAAUGGCGAUGAGGAUAAUGGCGAUGAGGAUAAUGGCGAUGAGGAUGUUGAUGAAGACGAUGAUGAGGAUGACGACGAUAAGGAUGAUUGUGAUGAAUAUAAUAAUGAUUAA